UAGUAAGAGAUCCAUGGUUUCAGAUUACGACGCCCUCCUUCCCCUUUUUUGUUUUUUCCACUUUACAAUCUCUCUCUAUAAAUCUCUCUCGAUAUCUCUCUCGACAUAUAAAUCUCCCUCCCUCCCAAAACUUAAAGAGUGUACAAACACGGCUUCUCUUCUUAUCCUUCACUGAUUUGCACUACCUUCUGAUUCCUCCCCAUUAUAUUACAAUACUUAUUACAAUAUUACACACAGACUCUGCAUUUCUUUGCGUAUAUAUUUUGUACGUGCAGGAGAAAUAUUCGUCAAGCGAAGAAAUGAUGGAGUUUAGGGGAAGAGGGGUUUGUUUUGAGUAUGAGGUUUAAUUAGUGGUUGUUGAUUAUCGAUGAUGCUCUUUCUUGUUUGAACAGAUUGGGGAGGAGGUCUGGGAUAUGAAAAAUCUCGGUUGGACCUCGGGAAGAGGUUUUGAUAUUGGGUCGUUAAACAUGGAGAAGAAAUGGGCAUUUCCUCUAAUUAUAACUUCACUUGUAUGUGUCUUCCUACUUGUAACCUCCUUCAACAUAGGUCUAGUUUCUUCUUUACAUACAUUCAAUGCAAUCUUCUCAAUAUUUCCAUCGCGGGUUAUCGCGAAUCAAACUAGAAUGUCUUUUGCUGAAGAAAAAAUUAAGGGUCCUCCACCGCCUCCUGCUGGUCCAGCAAUUCCUCGUUUUGCCUAUCUGAUUUCUGGUUCACAGGGUGAUCUAGAAAAGCUCUGGAGGACUCUUCAUACUCUUUACCAUCCUUUGAAUCAUUAUGUACUUCAUUUGGAUCUUGAAUCUCCGGCAGAGGAACGGCUGGAGCUGGCUUCCCGAGUGGAAAAGGAACCAGUUUUUGCUGAAGUUGGAAAUGUAAUGAUGAUUACAAAAGCUAAUAUGGUUACCUAUAGAGGACCCACCAUGGUAGCUAAUACUCUUCAUGCAUGUGCCAUACUUCUAAAGAGAACAAAGGAUUGGGACUGGUUUAUUAACCUCAGCGCUUCUGAUUAUCCUCUGGUGACUCAAGAUGAUCUUCUCUCCACUUUUAUUGAUUUGAGACGGGAUCUGAAUUUUAUUGAACACACAAGCCGCUUGGGAUGGAAGGAGGAAAAAAGGGCACUGCCAUUAAUUAUAGACCCAGGACUUUACAAAACGACAAAGUCAGACAUCUUCUGGGUUACACCUCGGAGAACUUUGCCUACGUCCUUUAAGCUGUUUACAGGUUCUGCUUGGAUGAUCCUGUCACACUCGUAUGUAGAGUACCUUGUAUGGGGUUGGGAUAAUCUUCCAAGAACACUGCUUAUGUAUUACACCAAUUUUGUCUCCUCCCCCGAAGGUUACUUUCAGACCGUGAUUUGCAAUGUUCCUGAUUAUGCUCCAACCGUAGUAAACCAUGACAUGCACUACAUUGCUUGGGACAUUCCACCAAAGCAACAUCCUCAUAUUUUGUCCCUAAACGAUUCAAGUAAAAUGAUUGAAAGUGGUGCUGCCUUUGCCCGAAAAUUUAAGGAGGAUGACCCUGUUUUGGACAAAAUCGACAAAGAACUACUAGGCCGAAAAAAGGGGAGCUUCACCCCUGGUGGUUGGUGUUCUGGAAGUCCUCCUUGCUCCAAGGUUGGGAAUCCGAAAAAGCUCAAACCAGGUCCUGGAGCUCAGAGGCUUCGGGGCCUUGUAGAUAAAUUAAUGUAUUCAGCUAUGUCAGAUCAAAAGCAGUGUCACUAGAUUCUUAUUAGUCUAGGACUAGUUAAAGAACUGAUGAUCUUGCUUGUGGGGAGAAGUAUAUAAUGUAUGAAGGUGUCUUAUUUCAAUCCACAAGACCAACAAUAAAUGUUGGGAUAUUAAUAGCAAAGCACAUUUUGGUAAUCUAUAGGUGUUUCAAGAUC